CUCAAGAAAAUUUUUCUCGUGAAUGUCCUAUCGUUUCGCAAACAAGAUCGGCAAUAGAAUUGGCUAGUGGUGAUAAAGAAACAGCUAAAAAAACUCAAUAUCAAUGUCUUGGUACUAUGAGUAAUUUUGUCGAUUUUUUACCUAUCGUUGGUCAUUUCAAAGGUGGAAUUCAACAUUUGACUGGCGAUCAUGAAGAAGGCAAUCAUGCAUUGAAAGCUGCCACAAGAACUUCGGUAAUGAUGGGAGCUGGAGCUGUUGCUACCAUAUUCACCGGAGGUUUAACGGCCAUACUUGCUGGAAUUGCUGUUGGUGCAGCAUUCGACAGUUCCGAUAGUAUAAUCCAUAAUGAACCAAGAGGAUUGUUUGCAGCAGUAGAUAAAGCUGUAAAUAAACCAACAGGUGGAAAUGUUUUCGAUGCAGCAAUGGGUGUUGUUGGCUAUGGUAUGGCUGGCUAUAGUGGUAGUAAAAUUGGAACAAAAAUGCCAGAUAAUAACCAAGUGGUUGAAUUGGGAUCUAAAAUGGCAGCCGAUAUUCAUAAAUUAAAUGCUGUCAUUGGCCUAGCCCUUACUUUUGGCAAAGAGAUCACAUCUUUGAAUUCAAAAAUUAACACAAUCACAUGGAAAAAAAGCUAAAAAUGUAUGGAGACAAUAUAGUCAAAACUGAAAUUUUUGUUGUUUUUUUUAUUCUCAUUUUUCAUUUUUAUCAAUUAAAAAAUUUUCAAUAAUAAAUCAAUACAAAUCAAUGUAAAGUGUUAUUUU